CGCUCCUCGCAAUAGAGAAAAGAGACAUGUUAGAAGCUCGCAGGGCCGAGGAACAGCACGUACACACGGGGUAACAGACACCCUUUCAGAGAUGGGCUACUUCGCCCAAAGAGGAAGGAGACGAAUUUGAACACUGCAUCUACAUCCUGGGAUCGGUGUGGUGUUUGUGGACGCUUAUAUGCAGGACUUAUUUAAUGUUUAAAAUGUGGGAGAUGGUGUCGUUGCCGAGCGCGAGCUCUCCCUUCCUGUCGUCUAGGACAAGAUGGCAGCAAUGCAGGCGAACUGUACAUGGUAUGGAUUUAUAAGUCCAUAACAUGUUCAGAGAAGCCCUGGAUUAUACUUAUAGUGACUCUAUGUGAAGAGACCCGCAGUAGGAUGCAGUGAAAUGGCAGGAAAAGGUCAGGCAAACCUUUGAGAAGUUAGUCAUCCACUGUGUGGAGGUGUUGGUGGGAUUGCAGUGGAUAGGGCUGAACGGCGAAGGUAUGGCCUCACAAGUCUUGGUCUACCCACCACACAUUUAUCAAACCCAGACAAGUGCCUUUAGCAGUGUGAAGAAACUCAAAGUCGAGCCCAGCAGCUGUGUGUACCAUGAGAGGGCACACCCGCGGACUUAUCUGAACAGCAGAACCCUUGGAAUUGUGCACCCAACAAAACAAGCCCACUCGUUUGUGAGCCGAGACUUGGCCGUGGGCGUGAAAGUACGUGGAGGACAAGAGUACCCGGUGCAGACAGUGGUUGUGCGUGGCGUACAGAGACAACAGCCUGGUAAAAGAGGAGGAGGAGGAGCAGGCCCAGCUGCGGCCCAGCAGCGACAGGACGCAGGGGUUGUCCACUCGCAGGGAAAGGAGCAGCAGCAGACAGACACAGCAAGUGGGGGCAGCAGUGGAGCAACAGGAGCAGGAGGAGGGGGAAGGGGAGAGGGCUGCUGUGGAGGAGGUGAGGGAGGUGGAGAGGAGGAGGAGGGUGACAGAGAAGAGAACUGUGGAGGUUUUAACUCAGCUGACAGCUCUCAACGAUGUGGGCUGAAACGUAAAAGUGAGGAGCUGGAUAACCGAGGGAGCACCAUGCAGAUUGUGGAGGAACUGUCAAUGUUGCCUGCCAUGUUGCAAACAACGAAUGUGGGGAACGCAGCCAUGACUGCGCCUGCGGCGGUGGGGGCUGGAGGAGGUCCUUCUAAACAGGGUGGAGGUGCAGCAGGAGGGACAGGAACAGGGGAUGGGGACUAUCAGGUAGUACAGCAUGAAGUCCUGUGUUCCAUGAAGAAUACCUAUGAAGUGCUGGAUUUCUUGGGACGCGGCACUUUCGGCCAGGUUGUUAAGUGCUGGAAGAGGGGCACAGGUGAGGUAGUGGCUGUGAAGAUCCUGAAGAACCACCCCUCGUACGCACGACAGGGUCAAAUAGAAGUGGGCAUCCUAGCACGUCUGAGCGGGGAGAACGCAGAUGAGCACAACCUGGUGCGGGCCUUUGAAUGCUUUCAGCAUCGCAGCCACACCUGCCUGGUGUUUGAGAUGCUCGAGCAGAACCUGUAUGAUUUCCUGAAGCAGAAUAAGUUCAGCCCGCUGCCACUGAAAGUGAUCAGACCUGUGCUACAGCAAGUAGCCACAGCUCUGAAAAAGCUGAAGAGCAUGGGUCUGAUUCAUGCAGAUCUCAAGCCGGAAAACAUAAUGCUGGUGGACCCAGUGAGACAGCCCUAUAGGGUUAAGGUGAUAGACUUUGGCUCAGCCAGUCAUGUGUCCAAAGCAGUGUGCUCCACGUACCUCCAGUCUCGGUACUAUAGGGCUCCAGAGAUUAUAUUGGGAUUGCCGUUUUGUGAAGCCAUAGACAUGUGGUCCCUGGGCUGUGUGAUAGCUGAACUUUUUCUUGGCUGGCCCCUUUACCCCGGGGCCCUGGAGUAUGACCAGAUUCGCUACAUUUCUCAGACACAGGGUUUGCCAGGAGAACAUUUGUUGAACACGGGGACAAAGACGGCACGUUUCUUUUGCAAAGAGUCCGACUCACCUUAUGCAGCAAGGAGAAUAAAGUCGACCGACGAGCAUGAGAAGGAGACGGGGAUGAAAUCUAAGGAAGCCAGGAAGUACAUCUUCAGCUGUUUGGAUGACAUAGCGCAUGUGAACUUGGUGAUGAAUCUGGAAGGUAGUGACUUGCUAGUGGAAAAGGCCGACCGCAGAGAGUUUGUGGGCCUGCUGAAGAAGAUGUUGUUGAUUGACGCAGAAGAAAGGAUCACCCCUGCCGAAGCUCUCAGCCACCCAUUUGUGACAAUGCAGCACCUGCUCGACUUUCCCCAUAGCAACCAUGUAAAGUCAUGUUUCCACAUCAUGGAUGUUUGCUGGACUCGUCCCAAUGCGUACGAGGCGGCCAACAGAAAUAAAGGUCCCUUCGUUAGACCUGUCACCAACCCUGCUGCUGCCUCUGUCAACCAUCCGUUCAGCAAGAUGAACGGUGUCCAUGCGCAAGGGUUAGCUCCAUCAGCUCCAUCAGUGAUGCAUCCUGGGAUACCACUGCAGACAGGAAGUGGUCAGUUUGGAUGCAGUGAUUCAUUUCAGCAGGCACUCAUUUUAUGUCCCCCUACUCUUCAAGGCAUCCCAACCAACACAGCUAAACCAGCUGGCUACUCUGUUCGAAUGGAGGCCUCGGUGCCUCUGGUCACUCAAGCGCCACCCAUUCAGCCCAUACAGAUCAGACCUGGAGUCAUUACUCAGGCCUGGUCCAACCGUGCACAGCAGAUCUUGGUGCCUACUUGGCAGCAGGUGACAUCAGUGCCCCCACCUCCACCAACCACUUUGACAUCUGACACUGUGGCAGGCUCACAGAGAUUGGGUGACUGGGGGAAAGUGCGUCCCCAUGGUAACCAUUACAGCUCCAUGAUUGCACACCCUCAGCCAUUCUUAACCAACCAAAUGACCAUGUCCGCCCACCAGCCAAUCAACAUCGGCAUUGCACAUGUGGUGUGGCCACAGCCAGCUGCCAACAAGAGAGCAAAGCCUUGUGUGAACAGGGGCAGCAACUUCUCCCAAAACACAAACAUCCAAAAUAUAGCAUGCCAAUCCCCAAAGAUGGCCGAUACAGCAAAGAAUGUGGAAGAGGUCGCGGAGGAGGCAGCCAGAUGCCCACAGGAGGGGCAAACUGCUGGAGAGAAGCAAAGAACACAGCAGGUGGAGGAGGGGAAUUGCUGUAAAGUGGCACCACAGUGUGAAGAGCUUUCAGUUACGCAGGAGCAGCGUCAGGGCAUGGUGAUCGCUGACCUAACUAGCCCGACUGUGAGUGUCAUUAGCAUCAGCAGUGAUGAAGAGGAGGGCGCACAAAGACACUCGAUGGGGGAGUGUAAGGGAAGUGCAGAUUGUGAGGCCUGUCAGAGCACUGUCAGUAUGGAGAGAGUUUGCUCCCUCAGCAGUCCAGACAGCACACUUAGCACCAGCUCCUCAGCCUCUGCCCAGUCCAGCACCUCACCCUGCAAACACCCAAACAGUAUGUCGGACGACGAACAAGAGAGCGGUUGUGACACAGUGGACAGCUCGCCUGCCUCUGACGCCUCUGGCCCUAGCAACAGUCCCUUCACAGAGAGACGCUUCAUCCCUGACACCAACCAGAACUGCGAGCCCCGUGUGGCGUGCGUUGCCCCGGCGACCGAGCCCAGCAAGCCAGCAGUUCGUACCGUUGUGGUGCCUCCAAUGAGGGUGCAGAACAAUAACAACAACAACCCGGCUGUCAUCGAAAUACAUGGCAACACAGUCAUAGAGUCUGCAUGCCAGUCCAAAGGGCGAGGCAUCCAUGGGCGACAACACCACCACUCCACUCCCCUCCUCAACAGGCCGCAGAAGAUCCCUCCUGCAUUCCAGCCCCAACAACAGCAGCCUAUAGGCUUUGGGCAGGUGCAGCAUUUCGGUUCCUGCCAUCAGGAAUGGAACGGCAACUUCGCCCACAGGAGACCACAGGCCUAUAUCCCUCCCACCAUGCAUGGCCACACAUUCGCCCUGUCCCACAGCAGCCCAAAUCAUACCGCAGGGCCCCACCCCCACCUUGGGGGCCACCCGCACUCCCAGCCCACCCUUCUGUCAUACCCCCCGUCUGGUCCUCUGGUCACGGCAGCACCCGUGGCCCACCUCCUGGCUUCCCCCGUCGCCUCCCGCCCUGUCCGCCAGCCCCCCAACAACAUCUCCCACCCGGCAGGCAUCGUGCAUCAGGUCACAGUGGGCAUCAACCCCCGGCUGUUGCCCUCCCCCACCCUGCACCCCCAGGGCCAAUUCAAGCCCCUCUUUCCCCCGCACUCCUACAUCGCCUCGCCAGCCUACGCCAGUUUCCCUCUCAGCCCCACCAAAAUAAACCAGUACCCUUACAUUUGAGCAUGGCAGCCCGGGUCCCCUUCAUACCACCAGAGGGCUAAACGAGCAGGGCGAGUUGUAUCUAACCACAAACAACAUGGUUUUCAUUUCCAAAACCAUGGCACAACCACAGAGAAAGCAAGCUAUUUUUUGAAUCAUGUAGACUUGGGUGUAAUUGAACUUCAAGCUUUAAAAAAAAGAGAAAAAAAAGUUCCAAUGGUGGAGAUGAUUUGGGUAAAAAUUCAGAAGGAAAUGAUGAAUGAGUGAUUGAAUGAAAGGAUGAAUGAGUAGUUAAACUCACACUUAAUGUGUUUUGCACAUUUGAUAUAUCUUUGCAUUGGAUCUUCUACGAAUACUCCUCAAAACAGGUAAAUAAUUGGGGUGGUGUUAAAUAGUUAGACUUUGCACCCCUGGUCCCAGCUAUUUUUCUAUAUUGCCUUCUUACGUGUGCAAGACACAUCCAUAUUUGUAAAGCCAUCCCAGUCUCUAGCUCUAGAUUGACAGAUGCACACGUUGUCCACAGUGUAUGUUGUACUGCGUUUGAAGUAUUUGUACCUUUCGGUGUCUUUUGGUGUUAGCAAUGUCAAGUCUAUUAACCGAUUUAAAUAGGGUUGUUCCUCACGCUGCAUGUGGUCUUGCAUGAGCAAAAAAUGUAAACGGAAAGAUGCAUAGACGUUGCUCUUAUUGUUCGUGUCACAAGACUCGCUGCAUUGUAUAACUGUCCCCAGCCAUAGUGCCUUACAUAUUUGAGGUUGUUAAUGUUACUACUUAUAUAUGACUAUAUACAUGAAUAUUAAUGUACUGGACUGCAGCACUUGAAAUUCCAAUCAGUUGAUGCAUCCUAUGUGUGAGUAUAUAUAUAUGCAAAUGUGUAUAUGUCCAUGCAUAGCCUGCAUUGAUGUGAUGUAUCGCGGAUAGCGGUGCUUAUAUUUUGGAGUCGGUGUAAAUUUCAGUGUGUAGUGAGUUACUUUUCUGUUCUUUUAAAGAAGAACAGCAUGCUUUGCUGUUGCGAAUGCUUACUGUUUCAUAAAAAUAUGUUUCGUUUUUUUUUUUUCCGUUCUCCCUUUCCCCCGAAUGACUAGUGUACAAAGUGCAAGUACUGAGUAUUGCUUAAUAUUUGAUAAUCACUUUCUAUUUAGUGAAACUCUUAUUACAAACAGCAUUUUGACUGUUUGAUGAAACUGCAAUACAAUCUAAAUAGUCGUUGAUUAUUUUUUCUUUUUCGUCUUCGUAUUUUAAUUUUUUGAGUGUUUUCACUUCGUUUCUUAGAUGUUUAGAAGUGUGGUGGGCAUGGCUUUGAUUAGGUAAGGAAAAAAUGCAAAUUAAUUCACGGUAUGGAAUCUUCUAAGCCUGAGCAAACCAUGCAGUAUUUGAUAUACACACAUAUAUGGACAUAUAUUAUAGAGCUAGACUAUUUAGUACAGAUGCUUGAUAAGGUGUGAGUUAAUUGUGUGCAAUUCUCUCAUUUAUGCAUGUGUGACAAAGUUAACUUUUUCCCUUUACAUUAUACCAUUUGUUAAAGGCUUAAGGCUUAUCGGUGUCGACUGCUUAUUUUAUACAUUCCGUCAGGGAGGAUAUAUACAUAUAUAUAUGAUGGUAGCACCAGUCUAUAUAUAUAUGUAGAUAUGUCGUGUGUGCAUUUUUUCUGUUCAUUUUACUAGUUAUGUGUGUAAUUUUUCGUCUUUUAUUUUCAAAUGAAGUUGCUUGUGCAGCACCAAAGACUGUAAUUCAUUUCCUGAGCAAGGUAGCUAUUCUGUUUGCAUAGACCUCAGUUAUACUGUAGUCAUAGAAUGGGGUUAAUUAAAACAAAUAAAAAAAAUUGUAUUUAAAAGAAAAAAAAAACGGCCGAGGUUUUGUCUAGCUUAUUGGGCAAUUAAUAAGUCGUAUCAUUUCUUCUUGAAUGUAUCAUAGAUAAGCUGCUAUAUGAUGAUUGCCACUUCAAUAGCUGUGAAAUUAGGUGAUUUCUCUGAGUUUAAACCUAGCGUUGCUAUUUUUGUAUAGGUCCCUAAUUAUCUGAAAUAGAAGUGGUUUUGAUUUUUGUGUUUUGCGUUCAUAUUUGGAGUGUCAUUGUAACUACUGUAUUGCUGAUGAUGAACAUUAGUUGCAUUUGUUGUUUCUCGGGGUGUGUGUUUUUGCAUCAGUAUUUUAUCCUUAUUAACCUUUCGGGCUCAUCACUGCAUAUAAAUGAUGUAUCGAUGUAACUUAAUUUUUGUAAGUUUUCAUAUGGACGUUUUGUACACAUCUGAAGCUGUAGCUUGCAGGAUUGAUUUAACUUUUUCAUUGUGCGUAUACAGUAUACUAGCAGUACUCUUUUAGUGUAUUACAGGAGCACUGUGAGAUGCCAGGAAAAAAGUACUCCAUCGUGUUGAUUGGAAAGCUUCUGUAAUAUUUCCACCGAUUACACACAGAUGCGCUCGCCACAAUGCUCUCGUACAGGUAGUUAGGCUUGUAAGGGUUCAGGUGAUGGUAGUGUGUGUGUCCAAAAAUAUAUUCAGCCCAAUGUUUCUGUUCCAAAGUAACGUUGUUUUCAGUUAAAUUGAUUUUAAUUUGAGAUAUUUAUUGCAACCUUUUACCUGUUCAAUGUUAUAUUUGGCUGGAAUAUCCGUUUCACAGUUCGAUAUUCUGAACUGCCUUGUGUUCGGAUCGCUCUCCCCUUUAUGAGUGUCUCAUAUCAAAAUGUUUUGUCGGUGCAAAAAGUGUGGCCAUUGUUAUGUGUUCCUUACUGAAAUUGAGACAGUGUGAGCAGCACUGUGUAUGUGCCUUGAGAUUCAGAAAGUUAGAAUUCAAGAUGGUGAUACUUCACCGCUAAUUCACGGAGGAAGGCAUAGAAUCCUAUAAAAGUCCAUUACAGUGUAGAGCAGACCGUUUUUUAAUAGCAGCAGAAACAGGAUAACUGCAAAACCCACAAACUAGGACUUGAUAAUCUCCCGUCUGUGAUAACACACCAAUAAAACACACUUUGAAUGAUAUGACACUCAACGAUCUUUGGAUAGUCACUCUGGCUGAACAGCAGAUGCAAUACUUUACAUUGUGCGGUCAUUGCACCACCAAGUGUUCUUAGAUAAUCUCCAUGCUUUACAUUACAUUGCAUGUACACCUAAGUUGCUUCACUGUGUCUUGCCUGGAAGCUGCCUGCUCAGAGCAGCUUUUUCCCAUCAUGCAAGUUAAGAAUUAGCGAGAGCAGCCAGAGCACAGACAGACAGCACUGGCCUUUGAAAAUCCGAGGAGCCCUGCUUUUAAUCCAGGAAGUAGUCUAUCUGGAUGUUUAUUCUGUGCUCUGGAUGUAAACCACUCUGUCAAGGAGAUUAUUGUGGUUGGUAAUGAGUGUAGUGCUCCAUAUUUAAACACUGACAUGGAUAAGGCUGUAUGGUUUUUUUUAAUAGCUUUUUCUUAUCUGUACGCUUUUACUGAUCAUACUCUAGCAUCAUUUUGGGAAAGGAAGCUUAUGACAACAAGGCAUGCACUUGGCAGAGUAGUGCUUGAAACAGUUCCCUAAUAAUAAGCAUGUGAAGUGUAAAUCUGUGUUUUGAUUCCUCCAAAGGUAUUCACCAGCAAUGCGCCUGCAUAAACUCUCCCAUAUGUGUUAGGAAAAGAAUGGAUGCAAGAGGAGAGAAAUCUUAAAACUGUUUUUACUUUUCCAUUUGAUUGACACCUUUGGUUAUGGAUUUUUUUUUAAAUUUGAGGGUUCAUGUAACAUUUAACAGAUAAAACAGUGGUUUGUUAAGAAUUGUCUUUUCAAGUUUUGACUUUGAUAUCAGAGAGAAAAAAAUCCUCUGCUGCGGUAUUAUCCUUUUAGAGAUGUUAAUUCAGGGUCUGUAUUAGUCUAAAUGUGCUACUGUGUUGCUCUUUGAUUUGAUUUGAUUUGAUUUGAUGAGAUUUGUUAUACUCGAGCUCUUAUUUUCUGGUCAUCUGUAUCAAUUUCAGAGUUAAUUCACACUGCAAGUUAUGGAAUCAUCUGUUUGGAUUGCUCAUCAAUUAGACUUGAUCAUGAAAUCGGAACUGUUACUGUUUUAAUACCUGUAGAUUUUUUGUGGCUUUGUUUUUCUUCUGUUUGUUUUGUUUUUGUUUUAUUUGCUUUUUUAUUUCGUGCUACACUAGUUUGCCAUGUAGCAAUUGCACUGUGCAAUAUUUACAGUAUGAGGACUGGGAAAACUAACUCUAUGGAUGUGAUGUCUAUUUACAGUUUGCGAUAGUGUUUCCUCUCUAGUUCUCAGUGAUUUAGGUGUGACCAAGCCUUCUCUACUUUGUCACAUUAAGCGGGUUUUCCAGGUGACUCUUUUGGUGAGUGUCAAAAUAAGACUUUAUGGUGUAUUAUUGUUAAGAUUCACUUUGAAUUAAAAAAAUCUAUUGGA